AAGUGCUUUGGUUUCCCUUCAGCCAGUGCAGUGCGAGCCUUUGCUUGAGAGACACACACACACACACACACACUACACGCUUUUGCCUACAGAACAGCAACUUUCUGUACUGGAGCUUCUCUGAUCUACCCAAACACACACACACACACUUUCACAUCUGUGUGCAGCUAUAGAGGACAAGACACAGGCAUUAAGGAGCAGAGAAAGAUACAGCAAGAGACGGAAGCAAUCACUUUUAAAUGGCCAACAUUGUGACGUCCUUCUGCUGUGUGGUGCUUGCAGCCGUGGUGGUGGUUUAUGCCCAAAGGCGCAGCCAGCAAGGUGCGAGGAUUCAGUAUGAAAGGAUAGGGAAUGAUGUCACUAUGCAGUGCGGCUCGCUGGACAACGACGCCUCGGUGACAUGGAAGGUGAACGGUACGGACGUGAAGGCCCGUCGGCGGGAAGAAGGGCCGCGGCUCAUCCUGAUGGAAGUGAACAUGAGUAGCAACGGCCUGUACAGCUGCUUCCAGAACCCCGACGGCCAGCGCCGCGACCAGAUCAAUCUCCGCGUCGGACUUCCUCCGAAGGAACCGCAGGUGACGUGUCGAUCAAACACCUAUCCCAAAGGCUUCUACUGCAGUUGGCACCUUCAGCAUGCCACGUACAUCCCAACGGACUUCGAAAUCGAUGUUCAACACAACCAGAGGCCCUUGGAGGUGACGAGGGAUGAAGUUCAUAAGAACAGAUGUCAUGUGAAGUUUCCCGAACUUUUCUCCAGCUUUCCUUACCGGGUCAACGUCACGGCAGUGAACUCCCUGGGUCGAGCUUCCAGCGCCAUCAGCUUCGAGGAGUCCUCGAUAGUGAAACCUGACCCCCCUGAGAAGGUGGUGGCUAAACCCGUAGCCAACAAUGCACGGAGACUAGAGGUGACCUGGAACAGUCCUAGUACGUGGCCCGACGUGGAGACCUUCCCGCUGAAGUACUUCCUGCGCUACCGGCCACUCAUCCGAGACCAGUGGCAGCACGUGGAGCUCUCUGACAGCACCUCCCACACCAUUACAGAUGCCUACGCAGGGAAAGAGUACAUCAUCCAACUGGCGGCCAAGGACAUGGAGAUCGGCACCUGGAGCGACUGGAGCGUGGCGGUCCAUGCCACCCCCUGGAUGGAGGAACCCAAGCCCAUCACCUCCACCACAGAGAGCGACAUUAUCCCAGAAACCACCCCCGGACCCCCUUCAGCCGCACCACGAGUGGGUGAACCCACAGCGGCCUGCUCCACCCUCCUCUGGUCAACCCACCUCCUCCUGGCCUGCGUCCUGCUGUCCAUCAUGUGAUGUGUAAGCUUCAUUGCUGUGGAGGGAGUCUUCUAUUUCUAUUUUGCACAUGUUAAUAGAUAUCGUGCAUUGAUAAUUUAAUUCAAGUUCUUUUUCUCGCGAAAGAAAACAGACCUAGAAAGAUUAAUAAACGCUGACAUUUACAAAAGGAAGACAAAAGAACAAUAACAUUUCGACAUCUCUGACGAUGACAGCUGAUGGAGACCAGACACAGACACAGGAACCGAACCCCAGGGGAGCAAAAGAUUUGGGGGCACGAGACUCACCUGCCUGGCAGCACAAGAAGAAAACAAAACGAAAUCCACCCCCCUCAUUUUUGUUUGUCACCAGAUUUUUUGAUCAUUCAAACUGUUCCAAGGGCAGACAAGGCUCAUUGUGUGUAACAUCGAUUUCCACGACAUACAGCUAACUCAUCAUGCCAAAGACUUGGACUUGUUUUUCUUCUUUCCCAUGAUCCCUAGCUUCCCCAAGCCUGUGUCUGUAAGCGAUUGAAACUGGCAGAACGAAAUCUUCACGAGCUUCAAAGACUGAGGAGCAACACAUUGAUUUUGAAGGCCAUUAUUUGAUAUCUGUUGUAUUCUUUUUCUUUACCUCUUUUUCUUGUUUUUUAUUUUUUAUUUCUUUGGCCUCUGAACACAGAGAAGUUGGAACUGUAAAUAACACAUAGGUUUGGACUGUUCUGGACCGCCUUUUGUAACAGGAAGAACAGCGUGUCGUGUCAAAGCGUCUGUAGAUGAAGCACCGUUCGGAAACAUCUUUCAUUCUUUGCCUCUUUGCCUUUCACCAUCUGUUUUUGCAGACUUUUCUAGUCAGUAUCACAGUUUAAUACUACCUUCUUCAAGAGAUAUGUUUUGCUUUGUUUUGGUUAUCAUUGAAUAGAAUAUAAUUUUAGAACCGUAGUUUUUUUUUAUUUUUAUGGUUUGCCCCCACGCCUUUUUUUUCUUCAAACCUUCAUAAUUGCUUAAUUUUCCUUGAUCAUAUUUUGUAAACUAUGAUAUGUAUCUUUAACAUGAGAAAAGUUUAUUAUUUAAUAAUGUAUGUAUUAGCUUUAGAUUCUUGUAACCUGUAUCUGGGUUCUUUUUAUAGAUGUAUAUAAAAUGAGAAGUUGUUCAUUAAAUGUGAC